GAUUGUUUUGGGAUCGUUCGUUCGCGCCAUUCUAGUUGUGCCCUCGAGCCUUUGAGUUCUACCUCUGUCUCUUGAACGGAUACAUCGCACGUUCAAGUGAACAGUACUAAGAAAAAUGACCAAUGAAGUGGAAUUCAGUAGUUUAACCAAAGAUGAUGCGAAGAUUACGUUUGAAGAUCCAUCGCACAUUUCGAAACCGAGCGAUGAAGAAAUAGCUCAGCAUAGGAAAACACGCUUGGCCCUCGUGGUGGUUUUCGCUGCGAUUGUAAUCGUGAUGGUGGUAGCAGCCGUAAUCAUCAUUAUUGUAGCACCCAAAUGCGACAAGAAAGAAGAAGUACCAGAGGAGAAGAAAAGCGAUGAGACCCUCAAAAAUGAGACCCUCAAACAAGAUGAAUGGUUAAAACAUGGUAUCAUUUACCAAGUGUAUCCUCGUUCUUUCAAAGACUCCAGUGGAGAUGGAAAUGGCGAUCUGAAGGGUAUCUUGAACAAGAUGGAUUAUUUCACUGAGUUAGGAGUACAGGCUGUGUGGCUUAACCCGAUUUACGAUAUGAAAAAUUAUACAGUCAUCGAUUCCAUGUUCGGAACCAUGGAAGACUUCGACAAAUUCAUCAAAGAGGCUCACGAGAAAGGCAUCAAGGUAAUCAUGGGGUUCGUUCCGAAUCACUCUUCUAAUGAACACCCAUGGUUCUUGAAGAGCAAAAAGGAUGACAAAAACUCUUAUAGAGACUACUACAUUUGGAAAGGUGGUCCUGCAAAGAAUGAAACUCCAAACAACUGGAUAAGCGUGUUCGGGGGAAGCGCUUGGACCUUCGACAACGCCACCAAGCAGUUUUACCUUCAUCAGUUCAGCAAAGAGCAACCCGAUUUGAAUUUAAGAAAUGAAAAGGUGAAAAAAGAACUCCAAGAUGUCUUGAAGUUUUGGCUUGCAAAAGGAGUCGAUGGCUUUAAUUUUGAUGCUGUGCAAUUCCUGAUUGAAAACGAGAAUUUCGGUGACGAGACCCCAAAUAGCAACUACAAUGCGUCAGAUCUGAAAUACGACAUGCUGAAACACACACUUACGUUUGAUCUUGAUGCUAGCCGAGCCCUGGUGAAGGAAUUCCAAGAUUUCCUGAACAAGCAGAAUGGAAGCCUUCCUAUUUUGUUCACAGAGGUGGAAGGACCUUAUGACAAGACUUCCAAGUACUACGAGGUGUCAGACAUUCCGUUCAACUUUGGCCUGAUCACCAAACUCAAUGAACAGGGAAUGACACUAGCUCAGAGAAUCAACAAAACUGUCAUGGAAUACUUGGCCAGCAUUCCAAAGGGCAAGAUACCCAACUGGGUCACUGGCCAUGACGACCAUGAACGUGUUGGCAACAGGGUGGGAAAGGAAAAAAGACAUGCAAUGAAUGUACUUGCACUCACUCUGCCUGGUAUGGUUAGUACCUACUAUGGGGAAGAGAUUGGCAUGUUAAAUGGUAAAACUACAAAUCCAGAUGACCCUAUGGAAAGUGCAAGAACCCCCAUGCAGUGGAAUGCAGAAGAAAGUGCAGGCUUCUCUACAGACAAACCCUGGCUGGAAGUUGGCUCGGAUUAUAAGUCCAUCAAUGUGGCCACUGAAAAAACUGACAAAGAUUCAAUCUACAGCAAGUACAAGGAGCUUGUUGGGCUAAGAAGGAAUGCAAGUGCCCUAGUUGAGGGUGUAUUGAAAGAGGUGCACACUGAUCUGGAAGUGUUCUCUUUUAUUCGCAGUCACGAAAACCAGCACUUCCUCAUCAUCAUCAACUUUGGUGACAAGAGUUGGAAUGGUGAUCUUGACAAGAUCUCAGGCAGGGGGAUGGUGGUAUUUGAUACAGAAUCCAAUAUGGUUGGCCAAGAAGUGGACGUCAAUAAGAUAAAACUUAAUAGUGGUCAAGCCGUCGUUUUGAAAAAUGGCAAAAACAAGUGGCACUUGCAAUAGAAAACUUUAAAUUGAUCUCACAGGUUUUCUUUUUCCUCACUCCUCAGUCUACAGAUAAAUUUUAAUUGCCAAGCAGCAAUAGUAAUUGAAGUGGGAGAAACAAAGUUUCCAUUUAGUGGUUGACUAAGGAAAGAGUAGAAAGAAAGUUUAAGGGAUACUAGCCAACUUAAUUUAUUUCAAUUUUUAGACAUAAAUCAUACGCUUUAUCUAAUGAAAUACUGAUAGUUUCAGUAUUGAAGAAUACAGAAAAAGCAUUGGUUUGUUUCAAGGGAAAUGCGUUUUGUUAGCUCAGCUGUAAUUCAUACCAUUCAAGGACUUGACAUUUCCCUCUUUUUAAUUGAACCUAGAGGUAUACUUUAUUCUGACGUCCUUUGUGGGUGUGUAAAUUACACUGAUACUUUAAUACACAUUCAAUUGUUCAUUCAAAACGUUAAUUAGGGUAACUUAUCAUCAGUCUCAUCUUUCCCAUACAUUACAAUACAUGUACUUCUACCUCUUGGUUAAGUCUAUUUAAUUGUUAUUAAUUUUUUUAGAAAUCACACAAUCCAAGUUCUUCCACAAGACAAUGAUUUCUUCAAUCAUUUGUUUUAUUUUGAUGAAAAAUACACAGAUUAUUUUAAUGCGUACUAGAGUCUUAACCCUUUAACUCCCAAGAGUGACCAAAAAAGAUUUUCUCCUCACAUUAUCAAUACCAUACUAAGCAGACAGGCGACAAGAAUUUCAGAAAAUAAAAUAGAGGGAUUAUUGGUUGAUCCAAUACCAAAUUCUCUGAACUAAUAUCAUAAGAAUUGUGCAACAAACAAUAAGGAGAAUUAAUAAUAAGAUCUGAGAGUGAAAGGGUUAAAAGUCGUUAGAAAUAUAUUAUCAGUAGGCUCAAAUGUGAAGUGUAUACUAAUAUGGCUUAAAGAUUUUCAGCAAGGUAUGCUAGUAUGAGUUUGUUAAGUGGGAAGUGUAAGAUGCAGACUAGCAGAGAGACUCCAAGAGAAAGAUGGUCUUCAAAAUUGGACACUAUAAACCAUUCUAUGUAAUAAGGUCAUCACAGAGUUAAAGCAUUACCUGUAAGUUAUUAUUAGUGCAGUAAUUUUCAUAGCCCAGUGGCAGUAACUUAGAGUUGUUACAUUUUCCAUUUUGCAAUUUGAGAUAUUUUUGAAGAAGUAUAUGUUGAAUAUUCCUAGGCAAGUUUUGGGUAGAAUUCCAAAAUUACAAUUUUUCUUCUUUCAA